UUGUCAAAAAUGUUUAUGAUUUUUUUAAAUUAAAAAUGGCUACCAAAAUUAUCAAGCCACUAUUUAUAAUCGUAAAUAAACAAAUGUGAAAAAAGCUAAAAUAAAACGGCGCAGUAUACCCUAAAGUUUAACCAUUAAGCGAUAAGUUUAAUAGAUUUUAAAAAUGGAGGCCCACUUACACGAUGUGAAUUUAAAAAUGGAUCAACAUUCGCAUAUGCAUGAUGUAAAUGUAAUCAGCAUCAAAAUGGAUUCUCUUCACGAUGUUGGCUUGAAAAUGGACAAUGGAUUGCAGAGCGUUAAUAUUAAAAUGGAUCCGAGGCUGCACGAAGUUUCGAUCCAACACGAUAGUAUGAAAAUGGAUCACAACAUGCAUGAUUCUCAAGUGAUACACGAGUCCCAGGUCACUCAGUUAGAUCAAAUAUCGUUACAACCCCAAUACAAACAUCUGCAGCCUGUCCAAGAGCAGAAUAUUCCCCAAAAUCCGAACCCACCAGAAGAACAGCAACCCGUAAAACCUAGAGUAGAAAACAAGAAAAAAAAGGAAGCGAUCGACGGGCAAGCGCGCGAGAUAAUUUUUAAGGUAAUAAAGUUUUUCGAAAGCGAAAAACAGAAUCGUGGAUAUCAUUUUCCUGUGGAAAAUGUUGUCAAGAGAGCCUGUGCGGCUACAGGUUUAUCAGAGAGCACGAUCAAACGGAUAAAACGAGAAGGUUUGCGUGCGGAGGCGAAUCAAACUAAAAUGACUGGGCCAAAGAAGAAACGUGUGCGGAAAACUAAAGUGCAACUUGAUUACUUCCAACUGUGUGCGUUACGAGGUAUCGUUAACGCUUAUUCAAUGCGUAAGGAAGUGCCAACGCUAGGCAAAAUAUUAACAGCGGCAAAACACGAGUUAAACUAUCGGGGUGGUAAGGAAUCUCUCCGGUUAAUACUGUUAAACAAACUAGGUAUUAAGUUUAAGAAAUGCGAGAAGAAAAAUAAGAAACCGCCCGAGCCUCAGGCCGUUCAGACCCAACAGAUGGUCCCUGUUAUGUCCCAUAUACAAAUGCAACCGAUGAAACCUGAGAACCAAUGUAUAUACACUAAUAUGAUGCCCCAGGUACCGCCUGUGUCCUACUAACCAAUAGAUGUAUUUAACUAGAAAAUGCCCACGACUUC